UUACCCUUUAUGCAUCAUAAUAUAUUUAAUUUUUUUUAAAUGACAACAUAAAAAUUCUCCUCAUAUUAUGCCCCCUCUUAUAUUUUGGACACAAAUACCCUCCUCCCCUCCUCACUCAAAUUUAACACUUCACUCUCUCUAUCUCUUUCUCUCAUCCCUCAUUUACAGCCAUUUUUUCACAGCUCGGAGGUGGAACGGAUUGGAAGUUUCUUGGCGUUUUUAAGAGAAAAAAUCAUGGGUUCCAGAGUUAAUAUAAUUGUUUCUUACAACGGUGUUUGGGAACAGAAAGGAGAAAAAUGGAAUUUCAAAGCUGGUUCGAACACUAUAAUACAUGUACCAAUUGAUGUUGGUUACAUAGAAUUAUUGGAGAAGUUGUAUUCAAAGUUGAAAGUGGAUCGGUCAUUGUUUGACUUAAAGUUGGAAGUGCCGUUUACAUGCAAUGAUUUUAGUGUAGAUCCCAUUGAAAUCACAGAUGAUGAAGGAGUUAGUGCUCUUAUUCUUGAAAAUUCAAAGUCCUUAAAACAUCGGGUUCCUUUAUGCGUUAGUUCGAUUGCAAAGAACAUUGCUCUUAUUGAUCCAUCUCCUAGAGCGAGUGUUAAUAUGGAAAAUCAUAAUCAAUCAUGCACGGCUAUUCCACAAACAUCUACUGGGCCAAGUGUAUGCAUGGGAGGUCCUAGUCAUAAUGAAACCUUUUUUCCCCCAACAAAUCUCCCGCAUGAUGAUGGGUAUGAGUAUGAGCCUUAUGUCAAUGACGAUCCAGUUGCCCUUUUUGGUGAUGAUGAUGAAAGAGUUGAGGGGUGCAGUAGUUCUGAUGAUAACUCAGAGGAUCAGUUGUCGAUGCUACAUGUGGUUCAAGUAGAUAAUUUAAAUGUACGACCAUUGCCAAGUCGUCAAGAAAGCCAAGGACGGAGGACUGCUGGAUCAGAGAGCAGUCGUCCAACUACACAAGAUGAUGGAAAUAGAUGGAGUUCUCCAGCGUAUACUGCUGAAGAUAUCCCAUGCCCCUCUUAUGUUAUCCCCACGUUAUCUGGGGUGAGUUGUGGAGUAAUAGAAGUUGGGAAAGUUUUUGAGAACAAGUUAGAGUUGAAGACGAAGGCACACUUGUAUGCAAUGAAGCAGAACUUCGAGUUUGUGGUGAAGAAGUCAGGUACUGAAGUUUGGUAUAUCACUUGCAAGGAUCCUGAUUGUGGGUGGAGAUUGAGGGGGAAGAGAAUUCCUAAAUCUGAUAUGUUCGAGAUAACUCGUUUCACCAACAAACACACUUGCUCACUUGACCUCCGACAUAAAGGCCAUCGCCAAGCUGCACCUUGGGUUAUUGGUCAUUGCAUAAAGAAAAAAUAUCAGACUGGAUCGAAUGCGUACAUGGCAAACAACAUAAGAGAGGACAUUAAGAAUGAUUAUGGCAUUGAGUUAUCAUAUGGAAAAGCUUGGAGAUGUCGAGAGAAGGCUCUUUCUUAUGUCAGAGGGACACUGGAAGCAUCCUACCAGAAGUUACCAUCGUACCUGUUCAUGCUUCAACAGAAAAAUCCCGGGACGUUGACAGAUUUUGUCACUGAGGAAGAUCGAUUCAAAUAUUGCUUUUUCUCACUCGGAGUUAGUAGAAGAGGGUUUCGUACAUGUCGUCCUGUGUUAUGUGUGGACGGUACCUUUUUAAAGACAAAAUACGGUGGGCAGAUGUUAUGUGCAGUCGCACUGGAUGCAAAUAACCAUCUAUAUCCAGUUGCAUUUGGUAUUGUGGAUAGUGAGAAUCAUGAUUCUUGGAAGUAUUUCAUGUCAAAGCUAAAAGAAGCGAUUGGGGAAGUCGAGGACCUGGCGUUUGUAUCUGACAGGCAUGCAAGUAUUACACAUGCCUUGGAAACUAUUUUCCCCGAUGCCUAUCACGGUGCUUGCUACCACCACAUUAGUAUGAAUGUGGUUGCUAAAUUCAAGACUGAUCAUUGUCAUGUGUUGAUGUAUAAUGCGGCAUAUGCUUUUAGGAAAUUCGAGUUCCACGCUAACUUCGAAAAAAUCAAAUCAAAAGACCCAGCCAUUGCUCAAUACCUAGAAGGAAUGGGUUUUGAUAAGUGGUCCCGUGCUUACUUUCCUGGAAAUAGGUAUAAUAUAAUGACAAGCAAUUACGCUGAAAGUUUCAACAAUAAGACCCGGGACGCUAGGAGCUUUCCGAUAACUACAUUCGUCGAAUUUAUUCGCUUCACACUACAGUCCUGGUUCUGUAAUAGGAGAGAAACUAGCGAGAAGACAACUACCACUCUUGCACCGACCUAUGAGAAAAAUUUGGUGGAUAUGGCUGAGAAAGCUCGAUUCUUGAUUCCUUAUGCAAUAGGGAGGCAUGAGUUCCAUGUGUUAGAUGGUGAGCUGAAUGGUGAAGUCGACCUCCUGAAUAAGACAUGCACAUGCGGCGUGUUUCAGAUUAUUGGUAUCCCAUGUGCUCAUGCACUAUCUGGAUCCCUUAAGCGAGGGGUGAACUUUUAUUCGUUGUGUUCAGAUUACUAUAAAAUUGAGACAUGGAGGUCCUCUUACACAGAAUCUAUAUAUCCUACUGGUAACGAGGAAGAGUGGAUUGUUCCACAUGACAUUAUGACAAUAACAGUGAGAACACCUGCGCAGAAAAACCCGGUUGGUCGUCCAAAGAAGAAACAAGGUAGGCCUAAGACGAAACGCCAUCCUUCCAAUGGAGAUAAAUUGGUUGUUCCACGCAAGUGCAGCACUUGUGGAGGUCUAGGCCAUAAUAGGGCAACUUGUAAAGUUCGUGUUUGAAAUUUAUGGCAUCAAUGUUAAACUUUUUAUUUGGGUACUAAUGGUCUUUGUUACUCUUUUUAUUUGUGUAUUGAUGGACUUUGUUACUCUUUUUAUUUGUGUAUUAAUGGACUUUGUUACUCUUUAUAUUUGUGUAUUAAUGGACUUUGUUAAUCGAAACGACAUUUU